GGGAUUAUCAGCAAUGAACUUGAAAGGACAAAUUGAAGGCGAUAUCGGGAGACUCUCUGAAUUAAUAUCCUUGGACCUUUCAUUCAACAAAGCCCUCACGGGUUCUCUGUCUCCACGAUUAGGAGAUCUGAGCAAGUUAAAUAUCCUGAUCCUAGCUGGCUGCGGAUUCAGUGGCAAUAUUCCAGAGGAAUUGGGCAAUCUUGAAGAGCUAACUUUCUUGGCUCUGAAUACGAAUAAAUUUACUGGUCAAAUACCUCCUUUGGGUAAACUCUCCAAACUUUUCUGGUUGGACCUGGCAGACAAUCAGUUGACUGGAACUCUACCAAUUUCAACCCCCGUUACCUCAGGCUUAGACAAACUAUUGAAGGCUGAACACUUCCAUUUCAACAAGAACCAGCUUUCAGGUACCAUUCCACCCAAACUUUUCAGCUCUGAGAUGAAACUGAUACACAUUUUGUUUGAUGGAAAUCAAUUUAUUGGGGAGAUUCCAUCAACCAUAGCACUCGUUCCGACUCUUGAGGUUCUUCGGCUUGAUAGAAAUGCUCUGACAGGAAAUGUCCCCCCAAAUAUCAGCAACCUAACAAGUGUCAAUGAACUAAAUUUGGCCCACAACAAUUUGACAGGCCCUUUACCUGACUUAACUGGAAUGAUUUCCCUCCAUUAUGUAGACCUGAGUAACAACUCAUUUGACCCAUCAGAAGCUCCACGUUGGUUCUCAAACUUACCCUCAAUCACCACUAUCGUUUUAGAAUUUGGAGCACUUGAAGGGACUGUGCCAGAGAAGAUGUUCAGCAUCACAUCAUUGCAGCAAGUGAAACUGAAAAACAAUACGUUUAACGAUACAUUGAAAUUGGGUGAUAGCAUCAGUCCACAGCUGCAGCUUGUUGAUCUGCAGAACAAUCAGAUUUCUAAAAUAACUCUGGCUUAUGAAUACAAACAUACAUUAAUACUUCUAGGGAACCCAGUUUGCACCAAUGGAAAUAGCUCAAAUUCAUUCUGUCAGCUUCUGCAAAAAGAUACAGAAACAUAUGCUACUAGCUCGAAUUGUUCAAACAUUACAUGCCCCGAUAAUCAGAAGCUCGGCCCUCAGAGUUGUCAGUGUGCAUAUCCUUUCGAAGGAACAUUGUAUUUCAGAGCACCCUCUUUC